AUGACUUCAGACGACCGGCGAUGUUAUUCCUACUUUCAAUUCCACGUAGCCCCCGAGAUCGCCUCGUUUACGUCGGUUCUCUGGCAGAAGUUAGUGCUCCAGAUGACCGAGGCAGAGCCCGCAGUUCUCCAUGCGGUCAUUGGGCUGAGUGCGAUCAGUCAGAGUGUUUCGGCAGCCUGCAAGGCCCAGAAGCAUGCAAUUAGCCUGAAGUACGAUCCGUGGCGUCAGUUUGGCCUGGAGCAGUUGGGCCGGUCCUUUGCAUUAUUGAGCCGUCGACACUCCUCCCACGAUCCCCAGCUGGUCCAGGUCACCUUGAUGUGCUGCCUUAUCUUUAUCGUCUGCGACUUACUGCAACACCAGUAUAACCAUGCCUUUAACCAUCUACAGAACGGCAUCCAGAUCUUGAGCGAACUGGGGUAUGGUCGAGUACUUAUACCGCAAGUCUCGGUUGAGCAGGAACUAGUGGCAGCCUUCCAGCAACUCGAGACCCAAAGCACCCCAUUCCGCGGCCAACAGCCAGUCCUCUGGUUGCCCAAGGAGAAGAGUGCAACCCAUCCAUCGAGCAAGCGUUCUAGCCCGGGCCUCCAGUUGACCUUUGAAUCGUUAAGGAGUUCCGUCCUUAAAUUUACAACAGACUUGGUCUUCUUACCAGAAGGACAAUCAGCCACACAAUACGAAGCAGAAUAUCUCACACUUCUCGAGCGCGGGAAUCAAUUUAUCAAGGAGGUCGACUCCCACUACGCGCGCGUCUAUCCCCAUCUCAGUCAGGAAGAGAGGAAACACGCAGACUUGAUGAGAAUUCAUACGUCCGGUGAAGGUCUUGUUCUGAAAUGUUGCUUUCCAACCGGGACGCUUGAGCCGCAUGCCGAGCAUUUCCGGUCCCAUCUUUCUCUGAUCGAGACGUUUUUGCACAGGUUUCCCGAGCGACCGGGGAUGACGAUGGAUGAGGCUGUUCUUCCCAGCCUCGUUCUUGUGGCAUUUGGGUCUCCGGAUCUUGAUGUUCGAUGGAGAGCCAUCGAUGUGCUGCUGGCGUGGCCACACCUUGAAGGGCCGUGGGACUCUAGGGCUAUUGCGCGAAAGGCUAUCGAAAACACGCCGGAAUAUGUGCCGGGCUGUGUUGAGAUAGAGACUGUCAGGGUGAGGAAACCAAUAUCGCAGAAGAGGUUCACGAUGAUCCUUCAGGAGUUCUUUCAUGAGAUAGGUGAUGUGAAAUCAUAG